AUGUCAACUCUAUCUUCCGACGAAGAAGCCGGCGGCGGACAUCAUGAGUUUGAAGGGCCUUCCUCUUCUCGCCGGAGAACGAUAACGGUGGUGGCGGCGUGGCAGCACCCUGCCGGGGUUUGGCCGGCGCCGUUUGUGGAAGCUCUUGCCUUUCGGGUCGCCGUCGAUGCCUCUCGUACUUCCGGCCGCCUUGCCGCCGCCCAAGCACUUUUCAAUAUUUUUCAAGUUUGUUCCACGUGGCGAGCCGUAUCCAAUUCGGAGCUCCUGUGGUACAACCUCUCCCGCCACAUUUGGAUCUCGGCCGGCCUCGGAUGCCGCCCCACGUGGAGGGACGAGUACAUCCACCGCCAUCGUACCGCCGUCAACUUCCACCUUUGUCGCCAUGCACACGUUGCUCUCCACCUCCUCCCGGACGUGGGCCCUGCCGGCCGGCAAUUGUCCUGUCGGCGCCUGGCGCUCUCCGAUCUCCACCUAGCCAUCGGCUUCUCCGAUGGCGGGGUCCACAUCUUUCGCCUCCCCGACGGGCCCCACCUCAUCUCGAUGCUUUACCCGCACGGCCACGACCGCCACCUGGGCCGAUUUUCGAGCUCUGUGUCCGGCAUCAUCCUAACGGAUGCUCGGCUCGUGUUCGCCACCCUAGACGGGGACGUGCACGUGUCGGGCCUCGAUGGGCAGAGCUUUCUGCGACGGGCCCGAAUGGGGGACGUCGUGAGCGACGGAGCGUUGGUCGACUUUUCAGGGAGCGACCGGUGGUGGGUCGGCCUCUAUGCAGGUGUCCCGGGCCGCUCCUUUCAUAUAUGGAAUGGUGAGACCGAAGAGCUACUCUUCGUGGGCGGAAGCCUAACCGACACGGAGGCCUUGACAGGAUGGCACUCUCUGACGAUAAUGACCGACCCGAUCGGUAGGGUCCGUGUCACGGCCCAAGGGCAUGCAGUUGCAUGCACGGCACACAGAGUCAUUGCGUUCGACUUGCAAAACCAAGUAGCCACCGUAUGUGGCGACGAGCAGUCGAGGAGGGGCAUCAUUGUCGGCUCGUUUGACUCGAAUCACGAUUCCUUGCUCGUGGCUGAUGGUCGUGGUCGGGCCCACGUUCGUCGGGUGGGCGACUUGGGUGAGGUUAGUCGGUUUGCGGUUAGGCGCGGGUCAGGUCGGAUGGGAAAGGUUCUCGGGUGCAUGAACAGCGGGUGUGCCGUGUUAUCGGUUGGUGGUCUGAUUAGGGUUUGGGGGAUAGAGAGUGGAGAGUAUUUGUACAGUUUUAGUGAGAGGAUGGAAGAGUGCAGUGCCAUUGUUGUCGACGAGACGCGUGUCGCUGCGUGCUCGUCGGAUGGGAUUGUUCAUGUCUGGAAUUUUGGGGCACAAUAG